AUGUCUGACAAGGCAAAAGAUCGUAUCAACGCCAUUGGCAAUCAGCUUCUUCCACCAAUUAACAAAGUAGCUCCAGGAUCAAGCAAGCUUCGCGUCGAGGGCAAAGUCUACGCCGAGAGCGGCGCAAGAGCACUGUAUCUCUGUGACUUCGACGAUACUCAUCUUGAAUCUCACAAGAAAGAGAUCAAUGCCGCGUUUCCAAAGGUAGAGAUUCACACGAGACAGUUUGACGCUGCGGAUGAGGUCAAGGUCAAGGAAGUAGUCGAUGAUGCCAUCCAGCGCUAUGGCCGAUUGGAUGUCUUCUUUGCCAACGCAGGUAUUGUUGGACGGACUACAUUAUUCUCCGAUUUCAGCAAAGACGAGUUCAUGUCGAUAUUGAACACCAACACUUCAAGCGUCUUCCUAGCAGCAAAAUACGCAGCACCAGCUAUGAUGAAGACCUCUGCAGACAAGCCUCAUUCAAGCGGCAGCAUUAUCGGCACUGCCUCUGUAGCCGGUAUUCGCUCCAAUGCCGGUUCCACGCCCUACUCGGCCUCCAAGGCUGCGGUUGUGUCGCUCGCACAGACGAUAUCGUAUCAGCUUGCCGGUACUGGCGUGCGUGUCAACGCUAUCUGCCCCGGUCUCAUCGAGACGGGCAUGACUGCACCCGUGUAUGAGGCUGCGAGGGCCCGGGGCAGUGAGAAGAAGAUCGGUCAGCUGAACCCUAUGAAGAGAGGUGGCCGUGCUGAUGAGAUCGCUCGCGUUGCUUUGUUCUUGGGUAGCGAUGAGGCAAGUUAUGUCAAUGGACAGGCUUGGGCUGUCGAUGGAGGACUAAGCGCUGGCCACCCCUUCGUUCCAGGAAAGCUCGGUUAG